AUGUUCCAGCACAGCACAAGGCCGCCAUCCUUCCUCCCCCCGCCCCCGGCCUUUUGGCCCUCCCACACUCGCCCCAUCCUGUCCGAGCUGCCACGAAGUUCCUGCACGGGCACCAAACCGCAGCCACCCGGCUCCCGCUCCCAGCGGCGCCCACAAGCCUGCAGCGGCCGGGGGCUUGAGGACAACCGGCCGGGGCUUGAGGACAACGAGCCGGGGCCGGAGCACAACGAGCUGUGGGACGCCCCUCAGGGCCCCCGCAGCGGCCAGGCCGCGCGGCCCGCCCCUCUCACACCCCCGUCCCGCCCCACAGCAACGCGGCCGCAUGCCCCGCGGCCGAGGCCCGUCCCCGGCGCCCUCAGGGCGUCCCCCGAGCCGCGGCUCGCCCCGCGGGGCCCAGCGCCACGGUCCCUCCCGCCCGCCCGGCGCCGCGACUCACUGUCCGGGCCGCCGCUUAGCAACCCCGCCGCUUCCGGGACGCGCCGCCGGAUGUGA